CUUUGCUGCCCUGUCUCGAGCCGAGUGAGCGAGAGAGAGAAGAGAAGGGAAUCCCCAAGGGAAAAAACAAAGCAGAGGAGCCAGUGGAAGAAGCAAGAAGGCGGCGUGCAGGCGCGGAGACCGACGCCCGCCGUCUGUCUUGCCUCCGGGGAAUGCGGCGGGGAGCAGGGGAGCCGUCCGUGAGCUUUUAACUGCUGGGAUCAGAGGGGAGAGAGGGGGGUGGUACGCAGGGAGCGUGCACGCUGCUGCAUUGAUGGGGGUGUGGAGGGAGGGGGCGGGGUGGUGCUUCUGCUCCGGCGGCGGGGGGCGGUCCGAGCGGGUCAAGGCGGCCAUCUUCUCGGCCAAGGCCGCCGCGCUCGCCGCCGUCUGCGGCGGCCACGGCACGGGCCUCCUGAUCCACCGGAACCUGCUGCUCACCACGCACGGCAACCUGCCCUCCGCCGCCGCCGCCGAGGACGCCGCCGACGCGCUUCUCGGCCACGCCCGCCUCGCCGCCCGCCUCGUGCCCCACAGAUUCUUCAUCACCAGCUCGAUUCUUGACCUUACGAUAGUCGGUGUUGAUUCUGCCGAGAAUGACUUGACUUUGCAGGCUCAGCAACCUCACUAUCUGAAAACAUGCUGCAAACCAAGCCUAGAUCAUGGGAGUGUUGUUUACCUGCUGGGGCAUACCGGGAAGAAGGAACUGGUGAUCGGCGACGGGAAAGUAGUGAUUGGCACGGAUAACCUCAUAAAGCUCUCGACAGAUGGGGUGACAUGGUGUCCUGGCUCUGCCGGUUUCGACGCCCAGGGGAACUUAGCUUUCAUGAUCUGUGACCCCAUGAAGCUGGCCUCCUCCCCCACUGCAAGGUCAUCUUCAGCAUCCUCAUCCUCAUCACAUUCAUCGAAGAAGGAUCAGCAAAUGCAGUUCGGGAUCCCCAUAUCGGUGGUCUGCGAUUGGUUGUAUCAGCAUUGGCAGGGCAACCUGGAUGAGGUUACCAAGCCAAAGUUACCUCUUGUUAGACUGAUGUCCAGCAGAAGCGAUCGCUCAAGCUCCUCCUUCACUCGUCGCAAUGUGUUCAAGCCUGCAGAUGACGAUAAUGAUGAUGCAUCGGUUACUUCAAAGAUGACUUCAAAGCCUAAAUACCAGCAGGGGUCAGGUAGCUCAGCCAAUGCAAGGAUUUCUCAUGAUGCAAAUCCUCUGGUUGAUCUACGGACCAACAAUGAGCAGGGGAUUUCAACUCCAGAAAUAUACGAAUCGCCGAGGGGUAGUUCUUGUCAGGGUCGCCAGGAUCCUGCACCAGUACAACUCUUGGACAUCAACUUCCCAGCUAAGGUUCCCAAGACCAUCUUUCUACCACUGCCCUUGAAACAAAUGCUUUCUGAGGAGAACAAUGGGGACACGUCGAAGGCGAAACCCAGGAAUCCAUCCAGAGAGAAUCACUUUCCAGCAGGCCUGAUAUGGCACCGCAAUGGCGAGGCAGAUUCCAGGGAUCCUCCGGUUGCUCUUAUGGAGGAUUGUAGCAGUGAGGGGCAGUCCAGCUCGUCACCUGCUGAGCGGUCGCGGUACAGACAUCAAGACCAGUUCAGCAGCGAGGAGGAGACAAUGUACUCGGCCGAAACCAUGGAGAGCACGAACGUUCCGAGCUCCAGGGAGAAGCACGUCGGGAGGAGCCAGAGCUGCGUCAACUACAGCAGGUGGAGCUCUCCGAGGAAACCGUCGAUGAUUCAAACCGGGACCUUGAGGAAGCAGCACACGCUGAUCCCCAUGCGGAAGACGCACUCGCAGAGCACGUCCCUGCCGCAGAGGAGUCAUGACUACUUGAGCCCGACGGUCUCCUCGGCCAUGAAGAAGAGGAACUCCAUGGAGCUGCAACAGCCCCCAAAGCCCCGUCGGAUCAUCGUCCAAUCUUCUCCAAAAUGGAUGUUCUGAAGGUUUCCUCCAUUUAGUUUUACAGGAGGAAAUGAACUGAUGGCGCCGCGUCGGCAUGGCCAUUUUGGAGGUCUGUUGCUCCCUUGUUUUCUCCUGGAAGCUCGUCAGCGAGCCGAUGAUCUCUUUGUUGUGUUUCUUCUCUCUAGAGUUGUGUGCUUGUGCAGAAUGACUUGGACAAAUAAAAGGUUAAAAGAAAAAGAAAAGUUCGACGGAAAAGAUAAUGGACCAUAUACCCUGGAUGGAGGUGUCAAGUGUGAGCUGUUGAAAUGUCAUGUGUUUCCGCGUGCAGACAGUCUGGGCAUGUACUCAUGUAGUAGCAUCUAGCUUGACUCUUUUUCUUUUUUUGUUUUGAGUGAGAAAAUCUAGCUUGACUCUUGAUUGUACCACUUUUAACUGAAUGACUAUCAGUUCUUUUGCCCAAGAUAUGCUAGUAUCUCUGUACUUACUUUACUUCA